AUGGGCAUUGACGAUUCUGUUACCAUCGAUCUACUAACUCUAAGACGAUCAAAUUAUCUGGACGAGUUGCGUGAUGCAGUACCAGCUCCGAGAUCGACGACACCACCGGAUAUCGGUUUGCCCCGAUGGAGACGCACACCCCUCGACACGAGGAUCUCAGCAGUGCCGAAUAUUCAACGAAACGUCGUUCUCUCUCGCCGCAAGCUAGGCGAGCCGUUGCGUGUCAACCUAAGCGACAAAAUUGAAGAUGAAACCGCUCUUGCCAGACCUUUCGACAUGAGCGACCCCUACAACCGGGAGAUAUCGCUGCCGUACGAUGGCUUGCAUGACCCCCAUUUGGCAAGGUUUUUCCUUGACUCCCCUGCUGUCCAAGAGACUCUGAUCAAGGCUGGGCUCUUGACAGAGGAACUGGACGUCAAGUGCACUUUGAAGGAGUACAACGAUUACAGAGCUUAUAUAAGGAAGAUGCAUGGAAAGAUGAUGCAAAGGGAGCUGGAAAAGAGGGAUGACAUGCAAAAGGAAAAGCUGAUGUUGGAUGUUGCUCGCAAACUAACUUUGAAGGAAGUUGAAAGAUUGAAAAAGGAAGAAAUCAGAGCUAGACUGCUGAAUGAGCUGAAAGAACGUAGGGAGCAGAAAAUCCAGGGAUUGUUUGACAAAUGGAAACGCAGCAGUCAAAGACUGAAGUCCAUGAGUAAGAUUCAAAGGCAACGGCUUUUGGAGAAAAUAGCUGAGGAGGGUGUUAAGAGGGAAAUUUUUGAAGAAAAACGAGCAGCUAUGGCCAAAAGGGAGGAGCAGCAUGAGCUCAAUGCUCUUAAACGUAUGCACGAGCGUGAUCUAUUGUUGGCGAAGACGUUACAACAGAACAAAAUGAAAAAACACAAUUCUAAAAUCGACGAAGCAUUGGACAGGUUUGGGAAAAAGAAAAAAGAGCAGGAGGAGGCGAUCGAGAAAAGAGAGGUCCUAAAAAAAUGCAUCGAAGAAAUUAAAAGUACAUUUUUGGAUGAGUAUGAGAAGAAGUUGUCACGAAGCCGAAAAAAAUUACAAGAUAUUUUUGUUGAGAAGAGAAAAGCUCUGGAAAAGUCACGCACAAUGAAAAAGAAGAAACUGAAGAAAAGGAACACCUGCUGUUGUACAGUAUGA